AUGAACCUUUAUGCUACUUAUGCAUGGUUAUUGGGAGGCUUGAUACUUGCCCAUGUAAUAACCCAGUUUGCCCUGGACUCCGAACUUAAGACCUCUGUUGAUCUGGUGAAACACGUGUCUUUUUUGAUCCCUGAAUGUGGCUUGCUACCUGAAGUGCUGAAAAGUACCAUUGCGGAUGUUGGAGAGUACUACCUGGUGAGGAAUUUAUCUGUUCAUGAGUUGGUCGCUCACGAAUUCAUUGAUGCUUUUGUGAAGAAAGGUUCAUGCUACGCACUUACUCAUAACACAAAAAUUGACCAAGAUAAUACUGCAGCUCUGCUACCAAAUGGAAAACUAAUUCUAUCAGUGGAUAAGGAUACUUAUGAGGAACUUGGACUGCAAGGUCACCCUUCUCGGUAUUCUGGCAAAAAAGUAAUGAGAUAUAUUAUAACUAUUGACUUGACUGAUUCCAGCUUUCACCCUGAUAGCAAGAAAUAUAACAGAGUGCUUUGGGCCUUGAAAGAAAAGAAACCUUUAGAAUUUGACUUCCUGAUGGCUUGGUAUAAUACAGGUGCAGAGGGAUCAACAUUGAUGUCAUACUUUUCAAAAAACCAAAUACAGGCCCUGAAGCCAAAAGUGACCUUCAGCACCUUAAAGGACUUGCAGUGUCCGGUGUUACAAAGUAACGAGCUGCAAGGAAAGCCAGAUGAGUCCUGCAGUACAGAGGAACUGUUUGAAUGGCUAGGUGCUGUCUUGAAUCAAGUUAGCUUAGACAACAAAUCAUCUAGCUUUUUAUCAACCUAUUGCUGCCCUCAGCCCAACACAAUGGUGGAAAAAGCUUUUUUGUGCACAAUCACAGGCUUUAUAAUUCCUGAGAAGAUAAUUCAGUUAUUGGAGCAGCUAUGUUGCUAUUUUGUUGAACCAAAACUGGCAUAUUGGCUGACCUUAACUGUGCAUGGCUUUGCAGACAGCCCUGUUUCCUGGAGAGAAAAUGAACAUGGUUUCCACAAGGGAGGAGAGAACUUGUACAACUUCGUCAUUUUUAGAAAUCUGGACUACUGGCUUCAGAUGGCUGUAGGAACUAAUGAUGAUUGUCCUCCAUAAAGCUAUAUCUACAGAAGAAGUUUUCUAAUAAUUCCAUGUUACUGUAUAGAAACAUUAGAUAAUUUUUAUAAAAGUAAUUAAGUAACAAGUUAAGUA